AUGGAAAGCAAGAAAAAGGGGAACAAGUUGCUCUACUGCGCCCUCGGGGUACUGGUGCCCGCCUACUGGUUCCACCACCGCAGGACAAGCAAAAGUAAAAGCAACAACAACCACAUUAUAAACCAAGUAGAAAUGGUGAAGAAGCUAAAAAUGAAUAACGCACUUUGUCACAUACCACUAAUUAUCCUCACCAUAUACGAUAAUUAUAUUUAUGAAAAUAAAAUGCUUCGUAAAAUUUACUACACACUUAGGGAGAGACCAUUUUAUAAAAUGUCUGUUCCGUCUUCAACUCUUCUACACAACCGUGCUCAUAAGGGAAAGAAUAACACGAACAAAACAGAAGGCACCACACAUCAUCCUGAUUACAAAUUCAUUAUGAACAGCGAGAAAAAUAUUUUUAACAAAUUGUAUGUCUAUGAGCUUGUAUUGGAUACGAGUGUGAGGUAUGCCGUCAUUUCCCCGCAGCUCAGCUUUUACAUUUUGAGGCAGCUGUCUCAACACGUGGUUAAUUCAAACACGAGCUUGUUCCAUGAGCAGGAGUUUACCGUUCCGAGGCGGCGGGCUGGCCAUAAUAAUAGCGGUAACGGUCGCGACGGUCGCUGGCUCUCCACGUGGGUGAUGCGUCUGGCGUGGGGUGGAGGGGUGUGGCCCGACGAGGUCAGGAGCCUCCAUUAUAGUAGCGACGGGCGCGACGACAACGAGGAAGGAGAAGAGAAAUGCUCCUCACGGAAGAAGCACCUCCGAGGAAAGGAAAGAGGAGGAAACCUGUAUGAAAAAUAUGGUAUUCACAAAUAUGAAGAAACAUUUAACAAAGCGAUGGGGAGUGGUACCUGUCCCUCUCCAAAGGAAAAUCAAGUGAGCACAAACUUUUUAUAUUUAUUGAAUAAAGCAUAUGAUGAUGUGAAUCGGGUUUGUAUUGACACAGAGACAAACAUGUUUGUGAAUUUUUACAUGGUAAAUAUUCUUAAGUUUAUUUGUUAUAAGAAUUAUCGGCACGUCCUCAUGAACAGUUGUUUGUUUGAGCAAGUAGACGACAGGGGGGGCAGAAGCCUCCUACAUUAUUUUUUGUCCUUCUUUUGUGGGGGCAGCGCAGCUGAGGAGCGGUCCCUAGAGAGGGGUGACGCAGACAGGCACUUGUUUAGCGGGGGGGAACAACAACAAGCGGGCCGUUUUGCACGCCGCCCAUUUGGAUCGCGGCAUGGUUCGCGGCGUGAGUCGGCAAGUCCUCCGAUGAAUGAUGUGCCGCCCCCUAAGCGCCUGCACAAAAGGGAUGACAGGAAGGAGAUAGCGAAGCAAAAUGCAAACGGAAACACGCACCCACACACUUACACACAACACCAACAUGGAAUGGACGAAAGAAUGAAGAUAUUAAAUGACCUGUACCUCGUCUUGUACCUACGUCUUCUCCUCGAAUGCUGCGUCAAAAUUGCGAGCAUUAAAAAAAACUUAUUCAUGUUGGAGGAGAAAAUUAAGAUUGAAAAGGGGAAUAAAAUUUUUUACCUGAACACAUCAGAUGCGAUUGACAAUUUGAAGGUACACUUAUUGAAGCGCUUUCGACGUGGAGAAGAGAAAAGGGGAUUGCAUAUCUUCUUCCGACCUUACGGUAAUGCCAAGGGGAAUGCAAAAACGGAGGAGCUCAAAUAUAAUCCCCCACAAGAAAAAAUUAUAAAAAAAUUUCCCACAUGGUUUAGCAUAGAUGGUGAGGCAAAUUAUGAACAGGGCAGCUUGUGCAUGUGGAAAAACAAAUUGAAGGGACAUGCGAAAAAGGCAAAAAUGUACAUGCAUAAGAAAAUAUUUAAAUUAAAGAAAAUGAUUAAUUAUUAUAUUAUUAACGUUGAUGAAGCCAUAAAGAACAAGUAUUACAACAGGAUCCACGAAAAAAAUGUGAAGAGGAUAAAUGAACAUUUGAGGGAGAAUACACAAAAGGAAAUGGACAUGAAACGCUUCCACGACAUGUACGCUAAUAUGGUUUCCAACUUGAAUGGCAUCCUCUCCUUUGCUUAUGCAGUGGACACGAGAAAUCAAGCAAAUCGUAUUUUGUCUCUUUAUAACACCUGCGUCUUCUACCAAUAUAACUACCUCAACGAGCAUGAUAGUCUGUUUUUUAAAAAUGGGGUUAGUCGGUACUUGCGUCGUUUGCGGGACUCAUCUUCUUCAUCCUCACACAAAGGAGAAGAAGACAGCACCCCGGAACAGCCCUCCUUCUACUACACAAACGACAUUCACCUACUCCUCCUUUUAUACACGCAGCGAAUACAAAAAUGCUUACAUGUAUUCACCUACAUAUACAAUAAGAAUCACUUCCAUAAGUACUGCUCCUUGUGUGCCGUACACCAAAAAUUGAAUUCUAUCCUUUUUUGUAAUAGGAGAAAUUCAUCUCACUGGGUUAUGAAUAUUGCUUACCUCGCUUAUCACAAUUGUUUUGCUUGCUUCUCCUUUAUUUAUUUUUUUUGUGUCUACUCCUACGUUGCUUUUUUUCUUAUGUACCAGUCUAACACCUUCUCUUCGGUGCGCUACUUUGGCAUUUUUUCCGACCCAGGCUUGUCCCUCUACUUUGUGAAGUUAUACACCAAUGCGCGCUCGCUCUCCAGUGCGUGA